CUUUUCUUUUCUGGCUAGGGGAUGAAUGGGAAUUCGCCAGGAAAUGCGGCCGUCGACGAUGACAUCGAGCUCAUUGGUAUGAGCGACGUGGCUCAGAGGCCUGCGCCGUCCAAACCGACACCACCGGCAGACGACACCCCGAAACGACAGGAUGAAGACGACUCGGACGAGGAAUUCGAUGGAGAAGAGGGUGGACAGGCGCUUUUGGCGGCGUCGGGGCGGCCUAAUGGCCACCAUUACCCUCCAAGCCAGCCUUCACGACUAAAACGCGGAAUGGAUGUGUGGAAGCAGGUGAACGGUAUCGUCAUAGAGAGCGCGCCUACACUCCUUCUAACCACUAUCAGUCUCUUAUUCUCCGGUAAACUGCUGGACCAAGUUUCACGCUGGCGUGCAAUGCGCGAAGUCGACCAACUCAUCAUGAUCAUACCCGCAAUUCUCAACCUUCAAGGAAACCUUGAAAUGAAUCUAUCAGCACGAUUAUCUACAGCAGCCAACAUUGGCGAGCUCGACGAUGGAGCAACGCGGAAAGCUAUGAUCUUGGGGAACCUGACGCUAUUGCAGGUCCAGGCAAUAUCAGUCUCGUUCAUCGCAUCAUGCCUAUCCAUUAUUCUAGGCCAGUUCCUACCCCAGCCAGAAGGAACAAUACCAUCCCCUUCAACGCCGUCAAACUCGACGAUACGACACAUUAUAGAUUCCUUAGAACCUAGAAAACCGGUACCACAUUUACCCUCGGACGCUUCACCACGGAGCACAGGACUAGCGACAUUAAUCAUGGUCUCCACCUCAGCCAUGACAUCCGCCUUCCUCUCAGGCCUCAUCCUCGGCUCCUUCAUGUGUGCCCUCAUCCUCUUCUGCAGGCGGUACAACCUCAAUCCAGACAACAUCGCACCGGCCGUUGCAUCUUGCCUCGGCGACCUCGUAACGCUCUGCAUGAUCGGCCUCGUCUCCACACUCCUCAUACCCUUCCUCCACACACCCCUUCCCUUCAUAGUCGGCAUAACAGUCGUCAUCAUCGCCGUCGGCUCCCUCGUCUACACUCUCCGCAACCCCCACGUCCGCCCGCUCAUCACGCAAGGAUGGUCACCCCUGCUAGGUGCUAUGAUCAUCAGCAGCGCUACAGGUAUGAUCCUGGACGUAUUCGUUAGCCGGUACGAAGGGUUCGCCAUUUUGGCUGUAGUUAUCAGCGGUCUUCCCGGCGCGACUGGUUCUAUUUUCGUCUCGAGACUGUCGACUUCGCUCCAUGCCGCCGCGUUUGCACUCACACACCCCACACCUUCGGCAUCGUUCAAGGAUAAAGAACCUAGUGCAAGACUGGCCAUGUUCACGCUACUACUUAUCACCAUCCCAGUUGAACUCAUCUUCCUAUCCGUCCUCAACGCCCUCGGAUGGCUCGACCUCCCUCUACUCUUCGUCCUCUUCUCAAUACUUUUCUUCUGCUUUGCCGUCUUCGCAUCCCUAGUCAUAGCACGCUGGCUAACCAACUGGCUCUGGUCUAAAAACCGCGAUCCGGACAUCUACGCCCUCCCCAUACACUCCGCACUCAUGGACCUCAUCGGCCAAAGCCUCCUCGUCCUAUGCUUCGAAAUUGCAUCCAAGCUAGGCGCCAAGAUGAAAACAAGGACAUGA